UACGAUUGUGACAGAAAACAGGUACGACUUUAAUGACCAAUUGGCAGAUCCUAUCCUAGGUAGCAAGCAGCUCAGCUACAAACAACCCAACCACAACAACAACAACAACCGCCUGCUGGUUGCCAUGGACACACUUACCUUUGUUAUUUUUCAUAAGAUACAAAUUGAUACAAGAUGUCUGCUUACCCUUGUGCUGUUCUUCCGGGCGAAGUGGAUUGUUUCGUAGAGAGCCUAAGAAGAUUCCAGGUGGAGGACAUCGGUAGUGAAAGCUGGUUUGACCAAAACGAAAUCGUCCUAAAGUUGACCCAACAAGCGUUCAUAGAAGCGACCACCAAGCAGGAAGACAUCAUCAAAGAGAAACUAUUAAUCGAAGGAAAGAUUCCUGUACUGGUCCAUGAGGCGUACUGUAUUCUAGUGUGGAGGAUGAGGAUUCUUCCCCAUUUAAUUGACUCGAAAAAUGCACAAACCUCGUUUAUUUUCUAUAGUGUUUUUUAUUACGAGGUGAAUAUUAUUUCUUUGCUUGAAACGAUUCUAUUCCACUCAAGUUGCUGUGAAGCGAUCGGAGACACCGCUCUGGAUCUCGUGGACUAUUGCGCUCAAGCACUUGGCCUUUUGAUCGGACAUGCUAACAACGAACAUCGUUUGGAUGACUCAAGAGAACUUAAACAAGAAUCAACUAAAAAUGAAGUAGAACGAAUAAUGUGCGAAAUGAGCUUCAAGAUUGGAAUCAAAUGUGUUAAUAUUUUAAGCUACAUGAUGAACAAUCUCAACGUACUACCACUGAGUACCACCAAUCGCGUUAUAAAAACACACGAUGUGCCAUGCUUGAUUGCAGAAAUUUUGCAUGUAAAACCAUGGCUUCGUAAGACUGGCGCCGGAUUUGAAAAAUUCCAGGAUGGUCACUGGACUCCAGUACACGGUGAAGACGUUCUAAAAGUGACCAAAGAUGAAGCGCAAGCCUGGUUCUGUUUAUAUGCUCUGCUUUUCAAUCAGGAAGCGAUGAGAAAUUACGAGGCGACUGACUUUAGAAGGAAGGAGAUAGGAAAGUGCGUCGGCUUGCUAAAUGAUCAUAUCUUAGAUCAGGUUCCUGCGCUGUCACAACUUAAACAAUUUCUAUACGCUUUUCAAAUGGGAAGUGAUUCAACUGGAAGGCAACAGGUGAAGUUAAUGCUGGACGAAUUACCAGAAAUAAAGGAUGGUCUUUUGGCAGCAGCUGAAAAAACGGGUUGGGAUAAAAUAACCCAGCGGCACCUAAAGAUUUUCGUCGAACUAUCACAGGAUAAGAUUGGCAGCAUAGCUAAAAGACUAGCUGUCGCGUACAACACACAUAUAUUGGAACAGUUCUCUGGACCGGAUACCAUACGUUCACUGAAGCAAUGCUUUUCUUGUGGUAAACCAGCGGAAAAGAAAUGUUCUAAAUGCAAUUCCACUUACUACUGUUCUCGAAAUUGUCAGAUCGCGGACUGGACAAAACACAAGGAGCUUUGUCAUCACUUGAAAACACUUUAAACAACUUACUCUGGAAUUACUGGAUUAUCACCUUAUAUAUUCCCCAAUAAACAUUCUUGCGAUCA